CGAAAAUCUUUGUCGUCUUUGCAGGCGUUUCAGGUGCACAAGAACAGAGAGGCAGGAAAACCAGACGCCGCUCUUUUCCCGUAACCCACUUCGCCUUUGUCACUCUCGUUAGACUUCACCCAAUGACUGGCCGAGGAAGACGAGAAACAACAAACAACCUAAGCCGUUUCCGUUUUCCCCGUUUUCUUGCCCGCCGUCCAGUUGCCUUUUCUACUUUUCUCUUUUUUUUCCUGGAGAGACGAACGUAGCGUCCACUCUCGCUACAGGAUGGAGCUCAACACCUUCAGGGCCCUGACCAAGGGGCAGGCACAAGCCGAGUGCCAGAAUUGCUUCCAGACCGGACACUGGACCUAUCAGUGCCGAAAUGAAAAGGUAUAUUUGACGCGCCCAUCGCGGACGCAAAUGCUCAGAAAUCCCAAGCUGCGAGCGCCGACUUUCGACGACGACGACGUGCCAGAGAUUCCGCUCAUCACGGACGGAGACUUUUCCAGAGACCCUCGGCUUGUUGAGCAGCUGGUUGCUCAAGUGAAGGCGGGCCUGAGCUCUUCUUCUUCCUCGUCUUCUUCCUCAUCGUCUUCUUCAUCUUCUUCAUCUUCUUCCUCGUCUUCGUCCUCUUCGUCUUCCUCUUCAUCAUCAUCCUCUUCUUCGUCAGACUCCAGUUCGUCUGACGACAGCAGCGAUGACGAUCGAAAGAAGACUCGCGUGAAGAAGGAGGCUGGCAAGAAGAAGGAGAAGAAGAAGGUCAAAGAGGAGGGCGAAGCCCCUGGAGUAAAGGGAGAGGCAAGUGACGGAGGAGGACGGUGGAGUGAGGACGGAGACGAGCCUGGAAAGAAGCGCGACGAGGAGGCCUCUAAGAGGAACCGGGAAAACAAGAGGAGAAGCAAACUGGGAGAGGAAGGUUCCAGAGGCCACAACAGAGGCAAGAGACAGGCACGAAGGGAGACGGAGAGAGACGACAGAGACAAGGACGAGAGAAGGCGAGCGCCUCGGAGGGAUAAUUCUUUCGAGGAGGACGAGCAAGAGCGCAAACGUGUGCGGCAGAGCUCACCGAUUCCCAGAGACCGCAGAGCUUUCCAAGAUGGUCGACGCAGAAAAGGGGACGUUCCCGAAGACGCCGAUGACGAGAGCGAGGGGGCAGGAGAACAGAAACGCGAGACCAGAGAGAGACGGAGAAACUCCAGAGAGAGAAGGAGACACUCCAGAGAGAGAAGAGAAUCGAGGGAGAGAAUAGACUCCAGAGAGAGACGGAGAAACUCCAGAGAGAGAAGAGAAUCGAGGGAGAGGAGGAGGGAGUAUACGGAGAGGAGGACAGACUCCAGAGAGAGAAGAGAAUCGAGGGAGAGAAGAGAUUUCAGAGAGAGAAGGAGAAACUCCAGAGAGAGAAAAGACUCCAGAGAGAGAAGAGAGUCGAGCGAGAGGAGGAGGGAGUAUGCGGAGAGGAGGAGAGACUCUGGAGACUGGGGAAGGCGAGAUACUUCAGAUUUGAGGAGAGAGGCGAGACGAGAACCGCAGAGACACGAAGAGGAAGUGUCUCGUCGCGUGAAACACGAAGAGGGCGACUCUGGACGAUCCAACCGUCGACGAGAGCGAUACGGAGAAGACAGAGAACUCAAGCAUUCCCGGCACUCUCCAGACUGCAGACGGCGUCGAGGAUCGACAGAAGAUGGUCGCAUAGAACAGGAGAGAAGUCGCGAGACAAGAGAAGAGCGAAGAGGAAAAGCGACGGAGACAACCCAAGAGGGAGGACGCCGCUGUCCGAGCACAGACAGCCGAUGAGAACAGUCUUGACCUUCGGGUGGUCCGAGAUGCUGUCUGUCUGUUGCCUAGCGAGUAUCUUUCUCGGUCUUCUCUCCUUUUUCUCUUUCAUCCUUUCUUCUUUUUAUGGUUUUCGCUUCUCUUGACCGCUACCAAGGAGAGAGGCUCCCGUUGGUGGUGUUUCGCGGGUUCCAGUCAAACUACAGGAGGCGACUCCUGUGUCGCGACACGACUCUUGGAGAAGCCGCAAAGAAACGAAACUUGCUCGUUACUGUUCCACACGGAGAUGCUUUUUUGACGCUUCUGAAUCUAAAGGGGAAUACCACUAACACAGCGGAGGCUAGUUUUCUUUUUCGAAUUUCUGCGUGCCUUCCUUUACAACUGAACGUAGUGCACUGGACAUGGCGGUCAUGAAAAGUACACUCGAAGGAGGUUCCGGCAAACAAAGACGUCGAGGAUCUAAGCUGGGCGUCCAGCUCGCAGCAUAUACUUUCUUCCAUGUCGGUCGGAAACUCCUUGCUGGAUACGCAGUCUCUGGUAAACCUGGCCUUCUUUGUUGCAUGCACUGAUUCAGGCCUCUGGUCCUCUUUCUCAUCAACGCCCCCCGCAUUGGACGGUUCGGGGCGGAACCUCAAUUUCUAGCAUGGGAUGGGAUUCGUCCAUUGCAGACGACUUCGUUGCAACUGGGCACUGAAUGGGUAUGAGCACUGUUGUCCUGAACUAUGCGUUGCUUUUUCCAGUGUCGAUGUGGCGUUUUGGUCGCUCGGUGAUCGCUUUAACCGACGCAUUCUGAUGCAUCGCGUGUGGGGGCACUCAGAUCGCGGGAAAUGUGAGAUACAGACAAGAGUUUCUGAGACAGGACGAAUUCUACACUUUUCUGGGCUGCAAAGACAUUCUAGAGCGAAACCAGCGGGGGCUACAGUCUUGAGAGACGAAGAAUGGAAGUUGCAGGUUUCACCUCGUGGUCUGCAGUAGGUCAACAUUCAGGCGUCCUUAUUUUCUAAUAUGUAACUCCUUUCGUGGAAGUCAAAAAAGGGGUUCGGAAGUCGUUUUCCCGUGACGAUCCACUUCCUCAGGUGUGGACCUGGCAGAAACACAAAAAAAAGGGAAGGCAGCUUAGGUGUGCUACUCCAGGUGGACGAUACAGUUCCUAAAGCGCUCCAAUGUGGAAAGUAACGUUUACGCUGUACAACUAUUGGGCUGCAGCAUAUGGCCACGAUCCCCCAUGGGAGCUAGAAACAUUUUUGGUGGCUUUUUUCAUGUUGAGCGUGUGAAAGAAGAGCCCGAUAGAUGGGUGAUUGAAACCGAGUCAGAACGCCGCGACAGGCGCAAUGGAGGUCCAUCUGUGAUCAUAACGUGCCGGGCAGCGACGAAGACAGGAAAUCCGGAC